AUGCCACCACCAACGACCGAGGAGUUCCUCGCGGUCGCCCAUGCCGAGAACUUCGACAUGGGUGUUGAAUCGUGGCGCCGCGCUCGUCGGCACGCUGAUCUGCGUUGGCUCAGCGAGGGACUAGAGCAAUUGGCGCAGCAUCGAAUCACGCAGUACAUCUUGAUACUGCAGUCCAUUCAGUCCAUUCGUCGACAACGUUUCCUCGCGCUGCGAGCAGGUGAUCUGGAGGAGGCCGCCAGACUCGGUGCAUUGCUGGACUUUACCCCACACGCAACUUUGGUCGAAAUCUCCACUUAUUUGAUCGAGAUCCAGUGGAGGGCGAGGCUGGCUGCGGACGUGGUGGCGGGGUUCGAUGGUGAGAGACUGGCUGCUGAAAGGGAGCAAGCUGCGGCCGUUGCAAGAUGGGCAAGAUGGAGGGAUCGCAUGCUUACGCGAGUAGAGCAUGAGAGGCAGAACGAUCAGGCCGCUGGUGGGCAAAACCAAGCUCCUGGUGGGCAACGCAGUCUUGGGAGUCCGUUCCAACCCUCCGUCCCACGCCGGCGGCUCUCGGAUGACUCGUGA